GUCAGUGUCCUGUUAAAAAAUGGACGGCAUCCGCUGACGUGGCACAUUUUAUUGUUUUCUGCCAUUUUUUAUCGUUUCUUUCUUUCUCCUCCAUUUCUUUUAUAUGAUUUCUUUCCUUUUCUCUCUUAUUUUUUUUCUUUUUCUUUUCGUUGGAGCUGGAUGGGUGGGGGCUCCAGCCACUGCCCUCCCUUCUCCCCCAUCCCAUCCAUGGCGUCACUCUCCAGAGAGCCUGGCAGUGAGCUCUCACCUGCACUGGAAUGCUCGAGAGAGAAAGGGAGGCAGAUCGGAGUCGGGAGUACAACCCCGCUGCCCAUCGCCCCCUUGAGAAGAAGACGCCGUCCUGUCACUGAAUCGAGUCAUUCACCUCGCCCCAUCAGUCGGAGACCAGAACUCCGACCUGCUGUUCAAAUUCAACCUUCCCCUUGUGCCCACGAGCAACCCAUAACCAAGGAUUGGAGCUUCCUCAGCUCAAAUCUCCCACUGGGUCGGCCAUGGGGGCUGGGUUUCGCCGAGGAGCCGGGGGUGGAGAGAUUUGGGAGCCCAAGAGGGAGACCGUACUGUACGGGAGGAUCAGAUCCGGGUGGGUGGGGAUCUGAAUAUGAAGCGUGAGAGGGAAAGCGAUGCCUCGUAACUGAACUGAAACAAAAACGAUCGAGAGUUCGAACGAUAUGUCUCCUCUCCUUCAUCUCUCUCUCUCUCUCUCUCUCUCUCUCUCUCUCUCUCUCUCUGUGCAGUAAGGCUUUAAUAAUUGAAUGGCAAGUUGAAGGGUAAGGAGAAGGAGAAGAAGAAGGAGAGCUCCGUUGAUGUAGGCACAAGCAAGGUUGGCGGGGGGCGGCGGUCGACGGCGUUGCCCCACCGUAGGUCUUCGCCCUCAUCCUCUUCCUUUCUCUUUCUCAGUCAUUUGCAGAAGAAAAACUUUUUUUAAAAUUUUUCGGA